ACCCACACACACAUUCAGCCAAUCAGAGCAAACUGGCCUGUAUAUAGGGAGUGUUUAAAGCCAUCAGUGGGAUGCAGAACAACACACACCAGAUCUGAUCUGAUCUCAUCUCAUCGUUCACACAGGUUUCAACAUCCAAAGAAGCAGCAGAAAUGUCUCCGUUUGGCCUGCUAAGUUUGGUUAUAGCCUUUGCAGCCUUCACAGUUUGUGGAGCCCAGCGCAGACUCUUUCUCGGCGGUUUACGUGAUAAAUCAGGUGUUUUGUGUUUGAAUGGCGGGAUGUCUCUCAUGACUGUGUCGGGUCGUCACAUGCUUUGUAUCUGUGCUGAUGGCUUCAGCGGAUCCAACUGUGAAACAGAUAACUCAGUCUCCUGCUUUGACGGGAUCGGUCUGCACUACAAAGGUCCCGUCUCUAAAUCAGUGAGUGGCCGAGAAUGUGUGGAAUGGGAUUCAGACCUAGUGCAUGAAAUUGGAGCCUUUCCCAAGAAUCUUGGCCCGGGACGACACAACCACUGCAGAAACCCAGACUUCAGCCGCAGACCGUGGUGUUUCGUACGGACAAGACCCAGGACUAUCAUUAGAGAGGAAUGUGAUAUUCCACGCUGUGCAAAACUUGAUCGCGGUACCAAUGUGAGUCCUGACAGUCUGACAGUCGCUCAGUCAGGAUGGCAGUGUGGCCAGAAGGAGGAGCGGAGCAUGAAGGUUGUGGGCGGGGAUUUCAGCACGGUUGAGCGCCACCCCUGGAUGGCGGCGGUGUUCAGCAGGAGCACACGCGCGAAAACGUUCACCUGUGGCGGGAGUCUCAUCUCGCCCUGCUGGGUCCUCACGGCCGCACACUGCUUCCCUGACGGCGCUCAGACUAACACCAAUAAACUGUCAGUAUUUCUGGGGAAGAACGCCAUCAAUGAGACGGACGUUCAGAGAGAGCAGGAGUUCACGGUCUCUAAGCUCUUCAUCCAUGAAAACUUCGACAACACAGACGGCAACUUCAACAACGACAUCGCGCUGUUGAAGAUCCACGGACCUGACGGUCGCUGUGCUAAAGAGUCCAGUUCAGUCAAGACGAUUUGCAUCCCUGAAGCGCAUCAGUCACUCAGUGCCGGGACGUCCUGUGAAGUCACUGGAUACGGCAGAGAACAAGAAGGGUCGUGGUAUUACUCGCAGUAUCUCAAAGAAGCAAAGGUCAACUUGCUGUCACACGAUGCGUGUUCGAGUAAAGAAUAUUACGGCAACAUGAUCACAAACAACAUGCUAUGUGCGGGGACUCCUGACUGGAGCGCGGACUCGUGUAAGGGUGACUCUGGCGGACCGCUGGUGUGUCGCGUACGCGACCGUAUGUUUCUAUUUGGCGUGGUUAGCUGGGGAGAAGGAUGUGCCAGAUCCUUCCGUCCUGGAGUUUAUGCUAAAGUCAGCAACUAUCACCAUUGGAUUCUGCAGAAAACCGGCUUGUCGUCGCUCAGAUGAGAACAGGAGCUCACCUGCCCUCAUUCACAAGAGUUUUUAAUAUGAAGAACAUGAACUGACAACUGCAAACGAGUCGUGUUCAAACUGAUUUCUGUUCAGUUACUCGUUAAUAUGUCCAUCAUUCAUACAUUCCAUUCUGCUGCCAAGAUAAAACAGCAGCUUAAAGGAAAAUCUGUAUGAAAAAUGUUUAUAAGGGUAUUGUUUUGCAUUGUUCUUAAAUUGCACUGACACUUUGUUUUCACUUUGUUUUUAUGUUGUAUAAUUUUAUACUGUUGUAUAACAACUUAUGUCAAUGAUAAAAGCCAAUUAU